AUGCGACCGGUGACCUAUGCCAGCUACGUAGACGACGAACGCGCUAGUUCAGCCGCAGUCCAAUUGCUAACGUUUGACGUCGACCACAACGACAUGGAUAUCUCUUCAAUCCUCCAGGGUGGAUACCAGCACCCCCUGUCGCGCUCAUGGCAGGGUCGCAGGCAGCUCACAAAGUCCAUGUUCAUGUAUCCCAUCUUCAUCACCGAUGAUCCAGAUGCCAGCGUCGUUAUAUCUUCACUGCCUGGUCAACGCCGCUGGGGUGUCAACCAGCUCGAAUCCUUCCUCGGCCCAUUGGUGAAGAAAGGACUGAAAAGCGUCAUCCUCUUCGGUGUGCCUUUGAAUUGUGAAAAGGAUGGCCGUGGCACCCCAGCAGACGAUCCAUCUGGACCCGUCAUCCAAGCUAUCAAAAAGAUCAGACUCCUAUUUCCAUCAUUGUACAUCGCCUGCGAUGUCUGUCUGUGCGAGUACACCUCACACGGGCACUGCGGUCUGCUCCACGCUGAUGGCACCAUCAACACCAAGCCAUCUGUCCUACGUCUCGCAGAAGUGUCUAUCAGCUACGCCAAGGCCGGCGCCCAUUGCGUAGCUCCCAGCGAUAUGAUGGAUGGGCGUGUCAAGGCCAUCAAGCAGGCACUCAUUGACGCUGACUUAGCCAGUAAAUGCACCCUUAUGAGUUACUCAGCCAAGUUCGCAAGCGCACUGUACGGCCCCUUCCGCGAUGCCGCUGGAAGCGCGCCAUCAUUUGGCGACCGCAAAUGCUACCAACUCCCACCUACUGCCAAGGGACUCGCACGGCGUGCAAUACAACGAGACAUGGUAGAAGGCGCAGAUAUCAUCAUGGUGAAACCUGCGCUUCCAUAUCUCGACAUCAUAUCGGAUGCUGCACAACUCGCACCGGACCAUCCCCUCGCUUGCUAUCAAGUCAGCGGGGAAUUCGCGAUGAUUCAUGCUGGUGCUGCUGCGGGCGUCUACGAUCUCAAAACCAUGGCAUUCGAGACCACGGAGAGUAUGGUCCGGGCAGGUGCUACCCUGAUCUUGUCUUACUUCACGCUGGACUUCUUGGACUGGUUGGAGGUGUAA